CUUGAUUCUUGGCAUCGCAUCAGUGACCGGUAACCGCCGUAUACCUCAGCCAUGUGAAGGGUUUCGGGCAUGUUUGCCACUUGUUGCCUCUGAAUAUGGUUUGAGUGAGGUGUAUGACUCCCUAGCGGCGGAUAUUCGGUGAUGGGUGUGGAGCUCUGAUGUCAUCUGGAGCCCUAGCUCCAUACUUGAGGUGUCAUGGGGUCAACAAUACCGGAUCACAAUGCCUUGGAAGUUGGACCCUUCGCCUCAUAUAUGCCAUCAGCAGCUCAGAAAUAGACAAUUCGAUAUGGGAGUGGGAACGAUAUGAUUACAUAGGGCUGCUGUGAUUGUUAAAAGGGUGGCAGCAAAAGCUUUUCGCAGAGUAGAGGAGAACAGCGACCACAAGACCUGAGUGACCUUUUCAUAGUCACAUGUUUCUCCGCAGAAAGCUCAGGAUGAGGAGGAACUAGGAAGGACCAAUUAGGUUUGAAGGGGGACCGGUAUGGCUUUUCAUGGGUGCAUGUGAUUUGAGCAUAUUUAAGAAUGUGGUUUUUGAAUUGGCAAGUCUUCUCUAAGAAGGGCAGGCUUUGGUUUUUGACCAUUAACUAAUACAAGGGAAAGGGAAGUUGUACCUAACUCACCAGUUUUUGGUGCAUUUCACGGUCUUCACCUGCCCAUGAGUGUUGUAGAACACUCACAAGUUACAACCACAUGUCAACUAAUCAUACAAAAUAACCGAAUAGCUUGUUCUUCCAGAGUCCCGGAAUACUUGAAUUAUUCUAGUGUUUCGAAAAUGAUGCGUGCUGAAUGCGAGUAUAUGUAUGUUGGGAUAUGCUGUGAGGAAACGAAUGGAGGAUUUGCACGCAAAACGAUAGAAGUAGACUAGUUCGAUUGAGAGGCAGAUUGGUUUCAUGCAUUGGUUGACUACAUCAAACUAAGUAUACUUAAUGCAUUGGAUUCAUGCAUUGAUAGUUUAUUUCUAUAUCAAAUUAAGUCUACUUAAUUUAUUUCUAGAUCCAAUGGUUCCUGAAAAACUUCCCUGUAGAAUAACUUUGUCUUAUAAAUUCACAAGGGUUGCAGAUUGAGCAUUUCUCUCUUUCCCCUAGAUUAUAGUUGGUAGAGCAAAAGUGGUGGAGGGACUGAAAGGGAGUUUCUGUUGCUUGCUAAGAAAAGUAGAGGGGAAAGGAAGGAUCGUCUACCAAGUCCUUGCCUGUCUUCUCGUGUAAAGCAAGUUUGGGAGAACUCUUAAGCUCUAGCUUUCUUUAGAAAGCUGCUGUUGUGAAGGCCCUGGUAUAACUCUAGAAAGGAAUAAAGCAAAACACAAAGCUACAGUCCAAAGAAAGACAUCAAAUUCUCGCUUCUUGUACAAGUAGAACCAUUUGACAAUGAUGAAUUGAUGAGUAAGGUUAACUUCCCCAAACAUAUGCCUAAGAUGUUGAUCCGCCAUGGAUGUCAUCAGUUCAUUCCAAAAUUCGGAACACUCGUGUUGCCUAAAGCUUUGCCAUGCAUAUUCUUUCAAAAGAUCCUGUUUAUUUCUCCUCCUCUUCCUUCUUGUACCAGUUGUUUUUCUGGGUGUAGCUACAUUGAUCAUAAUCUUUGUCAUGAAGCCCCAAAAGCCAGUUUUUUCCCUCCAAGAUGUAAGUGUGGAUUCGUAUAAGCUCAAUGCCUAUUCUGGUUCGACCCUGUUUGUUUCAUCAGUAAUCACAUUGACCCUGAAUGCUCAAAAUCAUAACAAAAUUGGCAUCUGGUAUACUCCUUCCCACCUACAAGCUCUUUAUGAUGGACUGCCUAUAGGAACAAUUCGGAUUCCCGGGUUUCUUCAACCUGCUCAUAGUAGUAAUGUUACUAUGCAGACAAGGCUUUUAUUUCCAUGUGUGAAUGCGAGCCAGAUUAUAGGAGAGGCUUCAAUGCAAGAAGAUUCCAGGAAAAAUAUGUUUCAGAUGAAAAUAGUAGGUGAUGUUGGAGCUCACCUGCUGGUAUUUCACAUAAUCCUUUUAAAGAUCAAGGUUGGUCUGGAGUGUGACAUAAAUAUUGAUUACAAAGAGCUGACCAACAGAAACGAAGUUCACAACACGACUGGAUCUUUUCCGGCAUCUUUUCCUACCAACACCCAGUCCUUGUUCAUGAACUGCACAUGGGCUUUGUACAUGUAGAGGUGAAAAUUAAAAUGACUGAAUUGACAGCAAA